UUUUCACGACAAGCCGCUGACGCCAUUGUAUUUUAUUCAGCGUUGCCGCCGUUAAGAACGUCAUUGCAGCUCAGUUCUCUGAUCGUGUUGAGAAAAAUUUCUCAAAUCCGAAAAUUGCAUACAUUUUCAAUUGAAAUACACAAUAAAAUUUCUGUGAAAAUGCCUAAUGGGGCGAAAUAAACAGUGCAUAAUCGGGGUGCAAUAAAUAUUUACAUUAAAAUAAACGUGAAACUUGUGAAAUAUGAGGAAGAAAAAUUACGUUUGCUUCGGAAACAAUUUUUUUUUGCGAAUGAAGAAAAAUUUCAUUGGGAAGUGGUGGUUUUGUGUGUAAUUGUUUUUUCAUCUCGCUUCUCGAUUUCUUUUGACGUGUUCUAAGAGCCAACGGCACAAACAGAAAGCAAAUUGAUUUUGCUGUUGUUUUCUUAUGGGAAAACAAAAACUGUUGGUUAAUAAACAUUACAUUUGUAUAUUGAUUUGUAUCUAGCAAACAUUUCAAUAGUAAUAGUAAAGUUUUAACACAUUUGCCAUCAAGAUGGUGGUCUCAAAAGACUCCAAGCGUAAGCGUAAGGAGUCAUCACCGCCGCCGCCACCAACACCACAACAACAACAACCGUCUACUGCUGUAGAGUCAUCGCCAGAAAUGCCCAAAAGGACAAAAGUUCAAGCACAGCGAAAAUUUGCCCAAGGUCAGAGUGCUCCACAGUCAUCGUACAGUGCGAUUAAUGCUGCAUCCUCAUCCUCAAAUACUGGACCAAGUACAUCGUCAGAGAGUCGUGAACCGCCAACAGAGAUAUUGCCAAAUAAGCGACCAAAGACUGAAGAUUUCCUAACAUUUCUUUGUUUUCGAGGAUCAUCAGCAUUGCCGCCACAUUUGGAUUUUUUAAACCAAGGAAAGUCAAAGGAACCAGAACGACCUGUCAAAAAACCGAUAAAAACUAUCACGAAAAAGAAAGGUAAAAAGGGCAGACCCUCAAAAAAUACCAAACCAAAGGACGAAAUAAACGAUAAGAAGGAAUGUGAAGAAGGCCCUUCUGCAAGUCCAAAUAAACCGAAUAGUAACAAUGAUUCUACUACGAUAGUAGAAAAUGUUGAAAAUUCCAAAUUACACGAUAAAAGUAAAACAGAGUUGGCCCAAGGAGAUGAGGAGGAAGACGAAGAGCUUCCCUCAUUUCCAGUUCGAAAGCGAGCCGAAGUUAUAGCAGAUGGAAAUCGCCGUAGCAAUCGUAACAUUGACGACAAGUCCAGUAAUAUCGCGGAAACGGGCAAACGUAGAUCAAAUAGGACAACAAAAGGUUCCAAAUUAAUGAUCGAUCAUCUGUCGGAAGAUGAGGAUGAAGAAUACAUGUCGAAUAUGGACGAUAAUAGCAAAACCUUACAUUCGGAUGCUGAUGGGAAGGACAGAAAGAGUCUUAAAACUCCUUCACAAAUGGAGAGAAAGUCAGAGUCUCCUUCAAAAGAAAGUGAAACAACUUCUAAAUCACGCAAGGGUCGUUCUUCGGCAUCCCUAAAGAAAAAGGACAACGAUGACAAAGAAGCGGUAAAACCCGAAACCAAAGAAAAAGUUCCAGUUAAACGACCUAGACAAAAGGAAUCGCCAAUCUUUAUACCAUCACCCGAACCUUCUGGCCGCAUGACUAGACAAAGAGCCUUCUUUGAACCUGUUAAAGUACCACAGCGAGAUGAAGACAAUGCAGUUGAUGAAAGUAAUGAUCAGGAAACAAAGGACUCAGUGACAUGCAAAGAACCUUUAAAACCCACGAAAGCCAUUGCAAACACAUCCACCGAGGAAACCCCCAGUAGUGCUGAUCCAUCACAAUCAACAGAACUGGAAAAGAAUAAACCUCAACUUAAUGUAUUUGACUUCUCAUCCGAUGAUGAACAACCCUUAGCUAAAACAAUUAAGCUUAAAAAAGCAGCGACGUCAAAGGCUAGUCCGAAGAAAACAAACCAACGUACAGGAAAAAAUACUUCCCUCAAAAAUCAAACAUCAGAAGCUGUCGACAAUACUAGCAUGGAAGAAGCUGCGAACGUGUCCGUAGAGGCGAAAAAAGACAGUGACACUACGAAAGAAACCACUGCAAGCGACAAAACAACAGCGGAGAAGCAAACUGGAAAAAUUAAAGGAAAACGUUCGAAUUCGAACCACGCCUCGAUCUCCAACAAUAAACCAGCAAAGGAUGUCGAGGUUAAAGACGACGAAAAAGUAGAAAAAACGGCAAAUCGCACGGACUUAGCACCACCUUCCCCAAAGAAAGCACCAAAUACUCGUGUUGGUCGAAAGAAGACAAAAGUCGAUAACUCAGACAAAAAUACAGUGUCGGAAGCUGUUUCAACGGAAGACAACUCUGCGAACGAAAGCCCAACUCGAAAUCAAAGACCAUCGCGUAAGACAAAAGAAGCAGCUACUAUUUAUAUGGGUAUAAUAGGACAUCGUUUGCAACUGGCUGAAGAUGAGGAGGACGAUGUUUCGUUAAGUAGCUUUGAUCGCCCAAAUGUACGUGAAAUGGAAAAAAUAGAAAAUGAAUUGAAGCGCAGCACUAUGGAUAAAGCGCACACAUCACCCACACCUAAAGAAGUGAAAAAUUCAGAGGGAUCGCCCCCUCAAAUUCCCGCCUCGGUAGGAUCGACAGAAAAGCCUUUAGCAACAGGACGUAGAGGUCGGCCCCCGAAAAAUUCGAAAGCAUCGACCCAACCUACAGCCAAGCGGGAAAUUGAAGGCAUGCUAGUAAAGAAAGGCGUUAUUGCCAAAAUGACUCAGUCAACGGAAAAUCUGAGCGAUCUUGUCAAGGACAAUAAAACCGAGCAGAACUCAAAGGAAGGCACCGAAGACGACGAAGACUUUCUGUUAAAUGAAGAGCUUAAUGAAACCAAGCGGAAAUUGGAAAAAAGUUUCAGUGACUCUGACGACGAACCUUUAGCGAUUAAAGCUCAUGUAAAGCCGAAUGAAAAAGAUGUGGAUAAUUCUCACAAAUCUGCUAGCCAUACUAUGGAAUCAUUGGCGAUGCCGUCUAAUAUCGUAGCAUCAACAUUACCAAAUGUUAUUCCCGUGUGCAGCGCUAAUACUGCACUUACCACUCUGACAGUUCUGUCGUUGACUACUACAAAACCGAUUACAACAACAUCCAGCAACAUUGUUAUGUCUUCAACGUCACCACCAGACAGCAAUGUGGUGGGAACCGUGCCGAUUGUUUCAAGCACAUCAAAUAUACCGGUGUCAUUUGGUGCAACAACAACAACAAUAAGCGCAGGUACGAUACCAUCAUCACCCCCACCUGGACCAAAUUCCAGCACUACAUUUGCCAUUCAGGCAGCAGCCCCGAUUACUCCUACCAGUACAUCACAGUCACCUUUUAAAGCCGUUGAAAAGAAAUCCCCAGUACCCACAUCAAAAAUUUUAAAUGUGCCGGCAACCUACGGUGUCCCCUCGGCCACCCCUUCUACAAAUAGUGGUAUUAAUUGUGGUUUAAAUUCAAACUUCGGAAAAUCUCCAAUGUAUGUACCACAAUCGCCCGCUCAUUAUCAUUCCACGGCCCAUGCAUCACAACAACAGGCACAGCAACAACAACAGCCUCCACCACCGCAACAACAUGUUCGGCCACAAUUUCCCAUACAGUCUCCAGUGAAAACAUCACCCUUAAUGGGACCUAGCAUUAAUAGCUCAACUUCGGUGGGACCCCACAUGAACACAUCUUCGAUGCAAAUGCCUCCACAAUCACCCAUGAAAUAUCAGACCCCACCAACAACAUAUCCACCUCCAAUAGAGGCAUACCCUUCACCAAAAAUCAAUCCUAAUUUUUUAACGCCGAAAUUUGACCGCAAUACCCUUUCAAGGCCUGGCAAUCAUCCACCAACAGGAAAUAACAGUUUUCCUUCGCCUUCUCCAGUGAAAUACGAUAUAUCAGCAUCAAGUAGUGGUCUGCUUAAGAAUUCCUCAUUUUCAGCUCCAAACAUGUCAAUGAGUCCUAAAACCUUGCUCUCAGGCAAUUCAAACUAUUUAAGUAAUAAUAUUGGUGCAACUACUUCAUCGGCGGUGUUAGCAGCACCCGGUGGGACGAGCAAUGAUCCGAUGAAAGAUGAAAUCAGCAGUAUACUAGCAGCUAAUUUAAUGCCUAGCAAAGAAGAAUCAGGUAAAAUUUUUGGUAUUGCCAGUGUGAGUUUGGCUCAAAGUUCUGGUCCCGACAAUACAAAAUGUACACUGGGAAAAUGUGGCUCCAUUCAUAAGCCAGUAUUGGGACCAGUCGUACCUACUGAAAGCUAUAUCGGAGAUCAACUCUCAGGCAAAGAAAGAAGGAAGGCUAAAGUGAAUAUGACCCAUGAACAGAUACACAAAUGGCUUAUCGAAUGUUCUUCCAAUCCCGAUGAAAUUCAAGACGAUCUUGAUGACGACUUCGAUUCUGAUUUAAGACCAAAUAAUUUCAAUACUACACCACCCCCAACCCGCGAUGAUAAAGAAAGCACGUCAUUUAGCUCUUCAUCGAAAGCCACAAGGGAUUUGGGUAAAAGCGAAAGCGCCUGGUCAGCUAAAGGCCCAUCACUGAAAGCUACGCCUGUUGUUGCUUCAGCCGCCAAUGCUGCCAAUAACCGUAAAGAAGAUCUUAAACUUACAGAGCCAACCAGUCCUCUUCAAGAAGAUGAAUUUGACAAAAACUCGCUGCCACUUAACCAGCAAUGUGAUAAAAAUCCUCUAAAUAAAUCAUCACCUGCGCCGGGUAGUAUCGAUGAAAAAAAUACACAAUCCGAUAAGUCGGAUAAAAAGAUCGAAAACAAAAAAUCUACAAAUAAAGAAGAAAAGCAAACAGCAGCAGUAAAGUCCUUGGCGAAUGAAGCUAAACAAAAUAAAUCGAACGAAAAGGAAGCCGCGCCCACAACCUGGGAGAAUGACGACGUUGCAAAAGGAACGUCACCCACCCAAAAACACCAGAACAAUCAAAAAGCAGCUAACCAAAAGAGAGUAACUUCACCAUCCAUACAGGCUGCAUCGACAUCCACAAAGCCGGGUCGUCGAAAACACGUAUCGGAGGACUCGGACGAUAAACCACUGUGCCCUAAGCCUAAAGAUAGUAUUGUCAACACAAACGAUGAUGUUGGGUGUACACAGGAUGCGACGAAAACACCAUCGGCCAAUGCUUCCGCUAGCCGCACUCCAAAGCGGACUCCAGUAUAUCAGCAAAAACUGACUCCAAAACAACUCAACUCCAACAGUAAAGAUCCAAAAACACCUACGACAUCCAGUCAUAAACGUUUUGGAACCCUUAAUGAAGCAUUCUCUGCGGAGAAUGAAAAGUCCAUAUACUCCUUUGACAAGGAUGACGAUGAAGCAACAGCUCCAGUGCCUGUGAAAACCGAAAAAGCCUCAUCAUAUAGGCGUCAGAACCGCCGUGACUCAAAUAUUGACAACACAUCCGCAAUAGCCCAGCGCAGUCUUUCCACAAAACCGAAACGAAAUGCAGCAGCUGUUGCGGAGAUUGCAAAUAAAGAAUUAGCGGGUGGAAAUUCUCAGACCAGUUCAGUCUCAUUAACAUUAAGUCCAUCGGAGAAAAACAAGCUUGUUAAAGUCAGUCUGGAUGCGGAUAGCAAGACUGGAAAAUCAGCCGGCAACAAAGCAGGCAAAGGUGGCAAAAAGGCGGUAGGUGAAGCUGCGAAAAAAAAUUUGAAUGACAACGACUCUGAAUCUGGUGACGGACAUACCUUCUAUAUUCCUUUACAAGGUUUAGCAAGUGGGGGUGAUGGUGAGGGUGGUAUUCAGGGUGUGGCUGUUAAACUGGGCCGCGAAGGGCCAGACGGUCCCAAUCAGAAGGUAAUAAUGCACGCUACCUUAGUCACCAAAGCCCAAAUGAGAUCGAAUACAAAACCAAUACCUGAAACAAUGAAUGUAUCGGAUAUAGUUAAAAAUUUAAUGUCGGGCGAUAAAAAGGUCACUUCAACUAGUGGUGCGUCGACGUCGGCAGCAGCUGCAGCGACAGCGACCACUUCCGCCCCAAACAGCAUGAAAAGUGUACCUAUUGGAACUGUACAGCCCCGCUUCAAAGGAGAUUCGCUCGCAUCGACUGUACAAGCAGGACCAUCAACUUCUACCGCAGGCGGUGUCACAGGUGGUAGCUUGCAACGUGUCAAUUCAAAUUCCUCAUUAUUUUCUGGAUCCGUUAAAUCCCGAAAUGCCGCGGCCUCCAAUGCAGCUGUUGGGACGGGUGCAGGCCACACAACAAGUAAAAAGUUCAAGGACGAUGCUCCCAUUAAAAUGUCCAACAAUACAGCAUUCCCACGUCACGAUGACCCCACACAAAUGGUAGAAGCUCCUAUCUUCCGGCCAACGGAAAAAGAAUUUGCCGACCCCAUCGAAUUCAUUGAACGCAUCACACCUAUAGCGGCCCGAUUUGGCAUUUGUAAAAUCAUACCUCCGCCAUCAUUUAAGCCCGAGUGUCGUAUCGCCGAUGAAAUGCGCUUCACCGCCUACAAUCAAUAUGUACACAAGUUGUUGCAUCGUUGGGGUCCAAGUGCCAAGGAAUUAAGUGCCAUCAAAAAGUACUUGGCAACCCAGAGCAUUGUCAUGAAUCACCCACCAUGGAUAGGUGGAAUGGAAGUGGAUUUGCCGCGCCUUUAUCACACCGUACAAGAAUUGGGUGGUCUGAAAGAAGUCAUCGAAAAGAAAAAAUGGGCUCGUGUUGCUGAAGAAAUGUGUAUACCGAAACUAGCUCAAGAUCGGGUAACCAAAUUGGAUGAUAUAUAUUGUAAAUAUUUAUUGCCCUAUGACACUCUGUCGCCGGCCGAACGUCAGAAACUCUUCGAUGAAGUGGAAGCUGAUUGGGCAAAACGGGAAGCUCGCGCCCGUCGAAACGCAGAUCGUUUUGUCAACACAGAAAGCGUUUCUAAUGAAGACGAUGAUGUAUCCUCGGAGAACGACGAAGAAGAAUCCGAAGAGGAAGUAGAUGGUGUGUCGAUGGAGUGUAUAGUGAAAGGACGAAGUAUGCCUUUGAGUCAAUUCUACCGUAUCGCCCGCAAUACAAUGGCUUUGUGGUUUAAGAACACCGAACCCACUGUGAACGAGGUAGAGGCAGAGUUUUGGCGACACGUAGCCGUCAGGGACAGUCAUGUGUGUGUACAUUCCGGCUCAAUUGAUUCCUCCGGCUGGGGCUUUGGUUUCCCCAGUCCUGGGCCCAAGGGUAAGGGUUCCAAUUAUGCGCGCCAUCCAUGGAAUCUUAAAGUACUGACCAAUAAUCCUGGUUCUGUGUUACGAUCAUUGGGCCCUGUUAUGGGUGUAACUGUGCCCACAUUGCAUGUUGGUAUGCUGUUUUCGGCCUGCUGUUGGUAUCGUGACCCACACGGUUUGUCGUGGAUCGAAUACCUUCAUACCGGCGCAUCAAAACUGUGGUACGGUAUACCGGACGACCAAAGUGCCAAUUUUAGAGCAGCUCUUACAUCGCUCAUACCCACACAUUGUCAAAAUAAAACAAUAUGGCUACCCUGUGAUACUGUUAUGGUACCUCCACAUAUGCUCACCGACCGCGGAGUAUCACUGUGUCGUAUCGAACAAAAACCUGGCGAAUUUAUAGUCGUUUUCCCUCGUGCUUACACCUCAAGUUUAGCUACAGGUUAUGUGGUCUCAGAAAGUGUAUACUUUGCAACAACAUCUUGGUUGGAUUUGGCGAAAGAUGAUUUCAGGGAUAUUCAUGACAGUUGCGAACCCGCAAUGUUUUCAUUGGAGCAAUUACUUUUUGCGUUGGGCUAUGAUCAGCGUGUCUCAUCCGAUACGAUGCAGCAAAUGUUACCUAUGUUGCAAGAAGUGUAUGAAAAAGAAGCUGCCGCUCGAGAACAACUCAAGGCGACCGGUGUAACUUCAACUGAAAAGGUCACCAACGAAAAAAGUGGCAAAGGUAAAAAACAGCAGCAACCCCCCUUCAAGUCCAUUGAAAGUGAAUGUGAUUUUUGCCGGGCAAAUCUCUAUAUUUCAAUGAUUCGAACUGAUGACGGCAAUAUUUACUGUCUGCAACAUGCACUUAAAAAUCUCAAUAAUGGCAACAUACAAGCUAAACAAUGCAAACUUAUUUACGCCUACAACAUUGAUGAUAUUGAGGCUCUUAUCAAAAAUCUUAAAGAACGAAUACAACAGAAGCGUGCAAUUGGGAAAAAGCAAAAAUAGUCUUGUAACAAGCAGCAAUUCUCCAAUAAAAUGAGAAAAUCGUAUAAAUAGGUUAUGUUACAAAUUAUCAGCAUUUAUGUCUUUUUAACUUGAAAAUUGAAAGUUAAUUUGCAUAAAAGCCAACCAAUUUCCGUAUAAUAUGUACAUAAGUACACUAAAUACACUCACACAGACACAGACAUACUUACUAAUCUUGUAUAUAAAUAAAAAAAUCUCUAUGUAUUUCUAAGGACACAAUUGAAUACAUACAUAUAUACAAUUCGCAUACAAAAAAAAACAUCAACAAAGAAAUGCAUAUAUUUAUACUUAAAAAUUCGUAAUGUUAAGCGAAUAACAUUGCGAAUGCAAUAAUUGCAUACAAAGUAAUAUUAAUGAAAGUGAGUGUAAUAAAAAAUUAACGUAGGCAUUUUAGUUUCUUACAUUUUUUUCUUUUCUUUUUAUACCAUGAUACAUAAAUUUAUUUAAGUUAUUCUCGCUAAAAAUUAAACAUUUAUUUUCAGAUGAAAGUAUAAAAAAUGAAAUACUAUUAUAGUAACGUAGUUAAGCUUCUUUUUUAAACAUAACAAUAAUACAGCGUUAAAGAAAAAGUAAAUUUCUAUAUUCAAUGUUUAAUAAAAUUUGCAUUGUACUAAGACAAAGAAUACAAAACAACAAAACAAAAAAAAAAAAAAAAAAAAAGAAAAUAACAUUAUAAUCAACUAUAUUGAUUUGUUAGAUGAUACAGAAAAAAACUACAGAUUUGUAUUUACCCCUACAAAUAUGUAAACAUAAACAAGUUUUUUAUUUUUCCUGUCGUUCCUCUAAAUUCUAAAAUUUCAUUCCUACCAAUCACAACAAAAAAGUAUUUAUCUGUAUUGUGGAAGAAUUUUUCUUUUAAACAUUAUAUCGGCCUGAAUUUCGUAACUGUUAUGCAGUUUACUCCAAUUUUGUUGAAAUGAAUUAUUUUAUUUUGAAUGAAAAUCGUUUUGUGUUUUCCAAGCUACUUUAUUUCUAUACUUAAUUAUAAAUGUGUUAGGUUGUUUAUUUUUUUCUUCCAUUUAUGUUUUCCUUGUGUUUUUAUAUCUAUAAAUAUUGAUGUAUUAUUAUAGAUUUGUAGAUAUUAACAAAAGUGCAACAAUAAAAAUCAAAAAAGAAAAUAAAAUAACACGAGUUGUUUAUGUGGAUGUUUGGGAUAAAACAUUUCGGAUUUGGAUAUUUUUAAAAAUUUUUGACCAGAUUUAAAAAUUGGGGCAUGAAUUUACCCUUAACUACCUUCUGUUCUCAAUAUUAACUGUCGCUAUGGCUUGAAAAGAAAUGUAUUAGAGGAGAAAAUUCAUUACCAUUUCUACAUUUACUUAGGAUGGUAGUUGUUUUUACUAUAGCCUGGUUCUUGCUUGAUAAUAAUUAUAGCUUAUUCUGGUCUAAAGAUCCUCUGACUGACCAAAAGCCCUCAAAUCGAUGGCCAUAGGAAUGGCAUAAAGUUGUGCUCUAGAUCAUAUAACUACAAUGAAGUCAAAGCAUCGAUUGAACUGAGAAGACACGAAAACCAUCCAAAUAUUAUAAAUGUCGAAUACUCAGUGAAUCCACACGUGAACUAUUUCAAGACUGCUUGAAGGGUCUCGAAGGCAAUAUAUCUACCCUUCUCUAAAGACGAUAUAUCCCU